UCACUGGGUUGCUGUCGCCCUUAAAAGCCCUAAUAAUCCUUUCGCAAUUCUCUGCAUCACAUUGCCGCCUCCUUCCGCCGUUCAUUCUUCCUUGCCGGUCUGAUUAAAAUGUCGACGGUUGAAAGCUUGCUCAAUCCAUCCGCCUCCAAGCUUUUUUCCUCCAAAUCCCUGUUCAAUCCUUCCAUUUCCAGUUCCUCGAUUUUCUCGCCCGCUCCGCGAUUGCGCAGAUUAAGUUCUUCUUCGUCGCUGUCGAUUAGGUGCUCGGCAACUCAGCAAAUGGAGGCUGUGGUUGAUUCUGUAAGUCCGGGGCAGUUCCGAGUUGAUGUUCUCUCGGAAUCCCUGCCAUUCAUCCAGAAAUUUCGAGGUAAAACGAUUGUUGUGAAGUACGGAGGGGCCGCCAUGAAAUCGCGGUCGCUCCAGGCUUCGGUUGUUAACGAUCUUGUUCUUCUGUCCUGCGUCGGCCUUCGUCCGAUCUUGGUCCAUGGCGGCGGGCCGGAAAUCAACAACUGGCUUAAACGGCUCAACAUUGAGGUCGUUUUCCGCGACGGUCUUCGGGUGACCGACGCCGAAACGAUGAAAAUAGUGUCGAUGGUGUUGGUCGGCGACGUGAAUAAGAAUCUGGUUUCGUUGAUCAAUAAGGCCGGAGCAUCGGCUGCAGGGCUCUGCGGUGUGGAUGGGCGGCUACUUACGGCUCGUCCAGCCCCUAACGCGGCACAGUUAGGAUUUGUAGGCGAGGUCGCACGUGUGGAUCCUACGGUUCUACAGGCACUUCUGGACAAAGGCCACAUUCCGGUGGUUUCUUCGGUGGCUGCCGAUGAGUCGGGACAGAUGUACAAUAUCAACGCGGACACAGUUGCCGGAGAAUUAGCGGCGGCGCUGGGGGCGGAGAAGCUGAUCUUACUGACGGAUGUGGCGGGGAUUCUUGAAGACCGUGACGAUCCGAAAAGCUUAGUGAAGCAGAUAGACAUCAAAGGGGUGAAGAAGAUGAUGGACGAGGGAAGAAUCGGCGGAGGGAUGAUUCCAAAGGUGAGUUGUUGUGUCCGAUCGUUGGCUCAAGGGGUGAGGACGGCGAGUAUCAUUGACGGGAGGCUGGAGCAUUCGUUGCUGCUAGAGAUCAUGACCGACAAUGGAGCCGGAACCAUGAUUAUAGGCUAAGGUCAGAAUUUUGAAGCUUUGAACUCCUUGAAUUUUCUAGGAAAUGUUUACAUGAUAUUGUCUGAUCUGGGAAACAUAUUUGGAUGAAUUUGUAUGAGUAAUUGCGAUUGAAUUCGCCUGAAAGUGUUGAUUAUUAACGUUAUGAAUAAAUUUAAGUUCUUCUCGUACAAGAACAA